AUGGCGCAGAAGGAUCAGCUGGGCCGAGACACAAUCAGCUGUUCGAUCUGUCUGGAUCUACUGAAGGAUCCGGUGACUAUUCCCUGUGGACACAGUUACUGUAUGAGCUGUAUUAAAGGAUUCUGGGAUGGAGAGGACCAGAGGAGGAUCUACAGCUGCCCUCAGUGCAGACAGACCCUCACACCGAGGCCUGUCCUGAAGAAAAACACCAUGUUAGCAGCUUUAGUGGAGCAGCUGAAGAAGACUGGACUCCAAGCUGCUCCUGCUGAUCACUGCUAUGCUGGACCUGAAGAUGUGGCCUGUGAUGUCUGCACUGGGAGGAAGUUGAAAGCCUUCAAGUCCUGUCUGCAGUGUCUGAUCUCUUACUGUAAGAAUCACCUCCAGUCUCACUUUGAAUCAACCAAAUUAAAGAAACACAAGCUGGUGGAGCCCUCUGAGAAGCUCCAAGAGAACAUCUGCUCUCGUCAUGAUGAGGUGAUGAAGAUAUUCUGCCGUACAGAUAAGAAGUGUAUCUGUUAUCUGUGCACUAUGGAGGAUCAUAAAGGCCACGACACAGUCCCAGCUGCAGCAGAAAGGACUGAGAGG